AUGUACAAAACUCACUCCGUUUUUUCUGUAACUUCACACAGCGCCAAAGCCUCGAAGAGCGCAAACGCGACGUCCCAAAUGUCAGACAUGUCCACCUCUGAGGCAACAUCAGGCAUCGACUGGAACAAAUACCCGCUCAUGCGCCUCACCAUCCGCCUCCUGCACGAAGACUUCCCCAACAUGUCCGCCACAGAGCGCAUCAAGAUCUUCAAUGCUAUUUUCACAUACGAGCUGAUCGCCGAGUGUGGCUUCGAGGAUGGCAUCACCGACAAGAACUGGGAGACCAUCGCCACAGAGUGGCGCGGCCGCAACAAGUCCAAGAAUAAGGCGUCAUGGGACGAGAUCACGAAGUGGCCGAGAAUUGGAGAGGAAGGUGAGCGCUUCAAGCAACUCCGUGAGCAGGUCCACGAGCAGGCCAAGGAGAUGGGGCAUGUCUUCUUGCCAGUGUACAACUCGAAUGAUGGGGUUGGUGCUGUGGCCGGACGUGGUAUUCGAGUGCCGAUUAAGACGAAGCAGAGUGUUCAGGACGAGUCUUCAUCUGAAGAUGAGGUCGAGCAGAAGCAGAAGCCGAAGAAGAAGAAGAAGAAGAAGAAGAAGACGAAGGUCGUUCGUUGA